AUGGAUACAGGAGGAAAAAGAAGUGAGAAAGAUGACAGGAAGAAGAACAAAGGCAAGGAAAAACAAAUUGUCGAGGAAGAAAUUGCUGAAGAAGAAAUGCCUAGAAACCGAAAAUAUAUGGACGAUGAGAAAAAAUCAAAAAAAGGAUCAAAGUUUCUGAUGAUGGAGAUACUCUAUUUGGGAAUAAUUAGUAAUGUACUCACACAGAAACAUCAUCUAAUAUGCUGGGCAAUAGCAUUUAUCCGAUCUGUAGAAGCGCUUUUCAAUAUCGGCAAAAGGCUAGAAGAUCAAAAGUCUUUUUCGAUUCAACAUUUAAUAAAUAAUAUCGAAAUCGGGUCACUUGGAUUGAAAGAGAGCACAGAUCUUGGAAAAUUCGUGGCAGAAAAAGGCAUUUUGGAGGAAGCUGAAUGUUCAUACACUCGUGCCAAAGACACAUGCGUCCAUGAAAAUCCAAAGAUGGAGAGGAUUGACCGUCUUGUUGUCAUCAAGGAAGUCGAUGAUGUCGAUCUUGCAAGACUAGUGUGGAAGCAUCCGGUGGUUGGAGUUGUGCCUUUGUGGUCCGAUUUUGAAUCAUACAAAAGCGGUAUUUACAGACCCCAAAAAGAAAUCAAUCUUCAGCUCCACGCUAUUCUCAUUCUGGGCUUUGGAGUUGAUGAGCAUGGUAACUACUACUGGAUAAUACAAAACAGCGGAGGAAGAAAUUGGGGAGAAGGAGGAUUUGGUCGACUUUACAGAGAAAGUAGAAGAGGGUCAGGUUCCUUGUUCAUGGAAGUUUAUUACGCAGAGAAAAAGGGGUAUCCACAGAAGAGAAAGUAG